AUGAUGGCGGAGCAGGUGAAAUGCGCCUCGGCGGGGGGCGGCUCCGGAGCGGGCUCCGGGCCGGUGGUGAACGCGGAGCUGGAGGUGAAGAAGCUGCAGGAGCUAGUGCGCAAGCUGGAGAAGCAGAACGAGCAGCUGCGGAGCCGGGCGGCCAGCGCGGCCGCCGCCCCGCACCUGCUGCUGCUGCCGCCGCCGCCGCCCGCCGCGCCGCCCCCCGCCGGGGCCUGCAGCCCGUUGGGUCCGCGGAGCCCCCCGGCCGCCGCCGCCGCCGCCGCCUCGGGGGCUCUGGGGCUCGGGCUGGCGUUGGGCGCCGGCGGCGGCGGCAGCGGCGGCUCCAGCCCCGCGUUCUCGGGGACCUACUGCCUGCCCAGCCCGGCGCCCUCCCUGCUCUGCAGCCUGGCGCAGCCCCCCGAGGCGCCCUUCGUCUACUUCAAGCCGGCGGCGGGCUUCUUCGGCGCGGGCGGCGGCGGGCCGGAGCCGGGGGGCGCGGGGACGCCGCCGGGGGGAGCCGCCGCGCCGCCCUCGCCGCCCCCCACGCUGCUGGACGAGGUGGAGCCGCUGGACCUGGAGAGCGUAGCCGCCUGGCGGGACGAGGACGACUACACCUGGUUAUACGUUGGCUCUUCAAAGACAUUCACAUCAUCAGAGAAAUCCCUGAGCCCUUUGCAGUGGUGUAGACACGUCCUAGAUAACCCGACUCCGGAGAUGGAAGCAGCAAGGCGUUCCCUGUGCUUUAGACUGGAGCAAGCGAGCCGAUGGCGGAAUCCCUUCUCUUCAAAGGUCUCACUGGCUUUUCCUUACAGUCCUGUUGCAAGACUCAGCCCUUAUAGCAAUGGCAUUAAUACUCCCAGCUUCUCUAAAACCUCAAAUAAAGCAGUACUAACACCCGAAAGAACAGGUCACAGCUCCAGGGGCUCCCCUCUCAGCCCCCAGUCCUCUAUAGACAGUGAGCUGAGUACUUCGGAAUUGGAAGAUGAUUCUAUCUCCAUGGGAUAUAAGUUACAGGAUCUCACGGACGUUCAGAUCAUGGCUCGUCUCCAAGAAGAAAGUCUCAGGCAAGAUUACGCUUCCACCUCAGCAUCUGUGUCCAGACAUAGCUCCAGUGUGUCACUGAGUUCAGGAAAAAAAGGGACGUGUAGCGAUCAAGAAUAUGACCGCUUCAGUCUGGAGGAUGAGGAAGAAUUUGAUCAUUUGCCACCACCGCAGCCUCGUCUUCCAAGAUGUUCGUCUUUCCAAAGAGGCAUUCCCCACUCACAGACUUUCUCCAGCAUUCGGGAGUGUAGGAGGAGCCCCAGUUCCCAGUAUUUUCCUUCAAAUAAUUACCAGCAGCAACAGUAUUACUCACCUCAAGCCCAAGCUCCAGAUCAGCAACCAAAUCGGACCAGUGGAGACAAGCUCCGGAGAAGUAUGCCUAAUCUAGCUCGGAUGCCAAGUACAGCCGCGGUCACCAGCAACGCCAUCUCUCCGGUCACCGUGAGAAAUAGUCAGAGUUUUGACUCGAGCUUGCAUGGCGCCGGCACCGGGAUUUCGAGAAUACAGUCUUGUAUUCCCUCCCCGGGACAGCUCCAGCACAGAAUCCACAGCGUGGGGCAUUUCCCUGUGUCUGUGCGGCAGCCGCUGAAAGCCACGGCCUACGUGAGCCCCACCGUGCAGGGCGGCGGCAGCAGCACGCCUCUGUCCAACGGCCUCCAGCUGUACUCCAGCUCCGGCAUCCCCACACCAAACAAAGCCGCCGCGGUCGGGAGCGUGGGCCGCAGCGCCCUGCCCAGACCUUCACUGGCAAUAAACGGGAGCAACCUGCCUCGAAGCAAAAUUGCACAGCCUGUUAGAAGUUUCCUUCAGCCUCCAAAGCCUCUGUCUUCGCUCAGCGCUCUGCGGGACGGGAGCUGGAGAGACGGCUGCUACUGAUGCGGUUCGACGGGCCCCUGGAGCACGGGCAAGGAGUGGAAAUGAGGGUCGAGGUACCUAGCUGGCUAGGUAACCGUGAACGUCGGGAUAGUCUUUCCCUUCUGCAUUUAACAUAUUGACUGCAUUGUUUUUCAGCGGACCAAGCGCCAGAGACUAAUGAUUGCACUUAAAUAUUUGCCUGAGAGAAUACCGCACCGGUCUGGGAGCCGUGGUCGUGGUAUCGUGACACUUAGAUCUAGGGGGUUUUUGUAGAACUGCUACGUACCUGAACACUUUUCGAGGGGAUUGAGAUGUGUCGAUAAUACUUUCUUUGUCCUGAGUUUGUUAAAGUAACUUGUUCAGUUUACUUACGUGUUCUAAACAUCUUCCCAUUACAUGUUCGGUAUUUUAAUACAUUGCAUAUUUACAACUAGGUUCUAUAAUUUAUGCUUUGAAGUUUACUUUAUUAUAGUUUACAGGAAUUUUAUUUUUUGUGCCUAUUUCUUUUUACACCUAUGUGAACCACUAUGGAACAACUUAAAUUUUGUGCCAUAAAAAUAUUUUUGUGGUAAGGUACUAUUUUUUUAGCUCUAGGGAUAGAUCAGCAAAAAUCCACCAUACAAUUUGAAAGACCUAAUUUUAUGUUGAAUGAGCACAACCUGAGCUGAAGCAUCGCAAGGAAGUAGCCAGUUAGCGGCUCUUGUCAUUUUCUUUGUUAAUUUAUUGUCAUACAUGGGUUUCCGAUUUAUAAAGGCAUCACGGGCUCAUUGCACUUAAUACCUGCAGUGUUUGCUACUGUGCCACGAUUGAUUUUCACUACUUUAUUACAGAAGAUGAGAAACUGUAAUGUUUUAUUAACAAUGCUUCUGGAAAUGGAUGCAUUUUAAAGCAAAUAAAUCUUUUUGAUAGACCUUUUACAAAACCCAUUUGCACUAAUGAAUGCUUUCUUAUGGUAUAUGACUUAAUAUUUGUUACUGUGUACACUGCUCUUUUGGAAUGUUCAGAAAUAAAGACUAUUUCAGCAAUA